GAGAAAACAGGCAGGAGGCUCGCGGGACGAACGACGGAGUGGGGGAAAGCGGGCAGCGCCGUGGUGCUGAACGGACAGCGACCGCCAGCCCCGCCUUGCGCGACCCGCAGCGCCGCCAGCCGCCGCCGGGGGGCGCCGCGGGGACUGCGGUGAGCCCGGCCUCGCCAGCUUCCCCCCCCCCGCCCCUCAACAAUCCCUCUCCCCGAAGCAGCAGCCCGUCUCGUCGCUGCCCGGCUCGGCCUCGAUCCUCCCGGCAGACUCUCGCCUCCAUGGUCGUGCGCCCAAGCGAGCUUCGCCAGCCGGGAGGAGAAGACCCCGCUGGAGGAGCCCGGCCAGGCAGCAUGCGCCCCGAGGCAGGUGGGCAGGCGGGCCGGGCAAGGACAGGUGAAGUACUAAGGGGGAUGACCAAGGAGACCUCAUCCCAAUGGCGUCCACUAGUCCUCUGGAAUUGACGGUCUUGGAGAGUCAUCUGGGGUCCAGCCAGAGAGCGAGGCCAGGGAAGCCUUCAGCACCACGGACAGCUGCCGGGCCAGGCAUUGAGAAUGCCUCUUACCAGAGGGAGGAAGAGGAAGAGGAAGAGGAAACGUCUUUCCAGAAAGGACCGGGGAACGCCAAGGAACAUCCAGCCCCUCCCGCCGAUGACCUUUCUCCGAGGUCGGAGGAUACCCCAUUGUCAGACCCAACCGGGAACUCGGUGGACUACGGCUUCAUUUUGGCCCUGGUGUUCCUGGUGGGCGGGAUUUUGCUGGUGAUCGUGGCUUACAGCAUCCCGCGUGAGGCUCGGGUGAACCCAGACACGGUGUCUGCCCGGGAGAUGGAGAGACUGGAGAUGUACUAUGCCCACCUCAGCUCCCAUUUGGACAAGUGCAUCAUCGCCGGCUUGGUCAUGUUGACUUUGGGCGGGAUGCUCCUCUCCGUGCUCUUGAUGGUCUCCAUGUGUAAAGGGGAGCUGUAUCGGAGGAGGACAUUCCCAGUGUCCAGAGGGCCCCGGAAGACCUAUGGGUCAAUCAACCUGAGGAUGAGGCAGCUCAACGGAGAAGGAGGACAGACUUUAGUGGAGAACGAGGUCCUUCAGAUGACCGAAAUGACCAACGCCACGCAGAGCUGCUGAUAGCGCUCCGAUUUGAGGGAUUGGAUACAGUCCUCUCUAUGGGGUCCUUGGUGCUCUCUGAGCUUGGUGGUUUUCUUGCAGACAUUUCAUGACCCAACUAGGGAACAUCAUCAGUGCUGUAGAGGAAGAGGAGGAGGAGGAGGAGGACGA